UGUCCCUGGAGAAGGAGGACUCGCAUAGGAGGAGGAUAGUUGAUAGAUAUAAACCCUGUAUCCUGAGCCCCGGAUCAUUAUGAUCUGAUGACAGAGGAGGACUUAGAAUCUGUGCAGCAGACAUGCAGAUCUUUGGAAAACACAAUCAGGACUUCUGGUCUCACUAAGCUUUCACAGAUGAAUUGUGAUUUUUUUUUAAAUUCGACUUUAAUCCAUAUAUUACUUGUCAUAUGUGUCACUUCCUAUGGACAAGGACCAAAGAAAUCCCCAUCACAGUCUAGACUCAGCCAAAAUAAUCUGAUCACAGGACUGGAAUAUGAAUAUUAUCAGAGAGGAGACUUCAUCAUAGGAGGACUGUUCUCGGUCAAUAUUGACUUUACAUUUAUAGCUCCAUCUUUUCAAGAACAUAUUGGAAGGCUUCUAUGUCUAUGCCCAAAUGUUAAACGCUACAUGGAAAUUCAGACUUUUAUCUUCGCUAUUGAUGAGGUGAACAAGGACCCGGACCUCCUCCCUAAUAUCACUCUGGGUUAUCAUAUAUUUGAUACUUGUGGAGACAAGAUGAUGUAUAUUCACAAAAUGCUAAAUAUUUUAUCAGGGGAAAAGGAUGUCCCCAAUUAUAACUGCAGGAUUCAACACAGUGAAGUCGCUGGUUUUGUCAGUGAAGAUUUUGAACCAGCAGAAAUUUUGAAUUUAUACAGUCAUCCAAAAGUAAGUGUCAUAUACAAGUUCUAA